CUAAUUCUAAUAAACUUUACGACGCUAAGCUAAUUAUUAAAGGUUCUGAUAUAGGACAGGACUUCGGGAUAUCGAAAAGGAUAUCGAAAUGAGCAAAAAAUUAUAUUUGUGAUAAAACUACCAAACUAAUUUUUUGGCUAAGUGUUACUUUCAAUUAAAUCGGAGUUUUAAUUGCUGGUGAAUGUAAAAAUGAUAUUCAAGAUCAGUGUCAUUGUUGGUGAAAACUUCGGACAACAGUGACUAAUGAAAUUAAGAAGAUUUAAACAAGGAAAUACUAUUAUUAGGCGAAAAUUAGUUCUGAAAUCUUUUCCGCAUCGAUUAUCUGCAACUUAAAACAAUUUCCACAUGCACUAUUAACAGAAACAGAUCUCGGCUAAAGCACUUGAUUGGCCAAUUUCGCUUGCUUAAAUUAAUUCUGUCAAUUUCAUAGUGCAUGUUGCCAAUUGUUGUGAUCGAAGCAAAGUAAUAGGAGGGCAACAUGUUUAGAAGCUGUAAUGUGAAGUACUUGUGUGGCACUUUGAUCAGUCUAUAUUUUUAUUGUGAUAUUGUUUCAUGCGGCUUAAUAAAGGUCGACAAAAACAUUUUGGAGGAUGCCAAUCUAAUCACUCCGGAUCUAAUCAAGAAGUAUGGCUAUCCGGCGGAAACCCACAAGAUUCAAGCCAAGGAUGGCUUUGUCCUUACGGCUCAUCGUAUUCCAAGGCCCGGUGGUCAACCCGUGUUGAUGGUGCACGGUCUGCUGGAAAGUUCCGUGACAUAUGUGAUCUUGGGACCGGAAAAGUCCCUGGGCUACCUGCUCAGCGAUCUGGGAUACGAUAUAUGGCUGCUAAAUACCCGAGGUAAUCGGUAUUCGCGCAAGCACAAGCGCUUCCACCGAUACCAACCGCAGUUCUGGGACUUCUCCUUCCACGAAAUCGGGGUGUACGAUCUCCCGGCAGCCAUUGAUUAUGUCCUGGCGAGGAGCAAGGGCUUCGAACAGGUUCACUACGUCGGCCAUUCGCAGGGCACCACCUCCUUUUUUGUGAUGGGCAGUGAGCGACCCGCUUACAUGAAGAAAAUAAAGUUGAUGCAGGCUCUCGCUCCGGUGGCCUAUUUUGACUAUAUCGACUCACCCCUUCUCCCCUUCGUCAAGUAUAUGAGACCCUUGGCUUUUCUUGCCAGAUCAUUGGGGCUUUACGAAUUUCCGGCGGAGAACGAAGUGUGGCGGCGACUCGUCCACCAAAUCUGCAGCUUCGCUUUCCAGAACACCUGCACCUAUUUCAUCCAGGAACUAACGGGUGUGGAUAACCAACAGUUUAAUAUAAGCCUUGUGCCGCUUAUCACGGGACACUCAUCCUCGGGUUCGUCACUUAAAUCGGUGGAGCACUAUGGUCAACAGAUCCAAAGCGGGGGAUUCUUCAAGUACGAUUACUACAACGCCUGGGAGAAUCGAAGAAGAUACGGUGCCGACACUCCGCCACAGUACAAAGUGGCCAACGUUGACUGCAAAGUGGCACUGUACUACGGUAAAAACGAUCGCCUAACCUCCUACAAAGAUGUGGAACGUUUAAGGGACAAUCUGCCAAAUGUGGUGCACGAUUACCUGAUUCCAAAUCCCCGGUUUAACCACAUCGACUUUAUAUGGGGAAGCGAUGUGAAAACCAUGCUCUACGAUCGAAUGCUGGAAAUAAUGCGGCAAGUGGAUAGUGGCGAAUUGUAGGUUUACUAGCAAAUAACAUUAUAGUGUGCCAAAAAAAAAAACAAAUUUAUUUUUAAAAAUGCAUGGAACAGACACUUUAAUUUAUGAGGAAUUUAUACUUUUAAUUUUAAAUUAAUUUACAUAAAGGUGGUUUAUUAAAUGUUCAGUUAAUGAUAUCUUAUCAGUGUAUUUUAUACUCACCUUCUCAGUUAACUUCUAAAUGUAAAUGUACUUUAUUAAAAUCUUGUAAAAAAUCUGAACUAAAUUAGUUUAUAGAAUAUUUUCGAUAUGUAGGCAACUAUAAUAAAUACAACAUACCAAAUGCAAUGCAAAUAAUGUUUAAUAUACCUAUGCAUACAGCUAAAAUAACUAUUAUUAUAUUUAUGUUUUAUGUGCAUAAGAAAGUCGAAUUUUAUUUGCUUGCAUGGUUGUUCGUUAUGUUCCACAAUGUUAAUAUUUCACGAUGUUAGUUAAUAACAUUUUACCAAAUAAAUAGGAAAUACCUUCCUAAAAUUGUGCUUACUCAUUAUUGCAUAAAAAUAUCAAACUUUCUGUGAAUAUAACUGGUGCU